AUGAUCGACAAGACGGAUAAUUACAGAGAAGGCGAGGCGCUGUCGCGCAAGAUCGCUGGAUUGAAGGGCAAGGGCGAGUCCAAAUCCGUGGCCAUCAUCGGAGGCGGUCUCUCAGGCCUCGCCUGUGCCAAGUACUUGGUGGAUGCCGGCCACAAGCCCAUAGUCCUCGAAGCUCGCGACUGCCUAGGUGGCAAGGUCUCUGCAUGGCAAGACAAGGAUGGUGACUGGGUCGAGACAGGCUUGCACAUCUUCUUCGGCGCCUACCCGAACAUGAUGAACCUGUUCAAUGAGCUGGACAUCGAGGAACGCUUGCAGUGGAAGCGCCACCAGAUGAUCUUCGCAAUGCAGGAGCUGCCGGGGGAGUUCACGACAUUUGAUUUCCUCGAGGGCAUCCCAGCGCCCUUCAACUUUGGCUUGUCCAUCCUUCUCAACCAGAAGAUGCUGACGCUGCCUGAGAAGCUUCAAACAGCUCCAGCCCUUCUGCCCAUGCUGGUGGAAGGUCAGAAGUUUAUCGACCUUCAGGACGAGCUCUCUGUCCUGAACUUUAUGGAAAAGUACGGGAUGCCAGACAGGAUCAACACGGAGGUGUUCAUUGCCAUGGCAAAAGCCUUGGACUUCAUCGACCCCGAGAAGCUCUCCAUGACAGUCGUCCUGACAGCCAUGAACCGCUUCCUCAAUGAGACUGAUGGUCUUCAGAUGGCCUUUUUGGAUGGCAACCAGACUGAAAGGCUCUGCGAACCGAUGAAACAGUAUAUCGAGGCUCGUGGUGGACAGGUGCUCCUCAACAAGCCCUUGGCCAGCAUCGAGACCAACGAGGAUGGGUCAGUAAAGCACUUCCUGAUGCGCGAUGGCGAGAAGGUGGUAGCGGACGAGUACAUCACUUCUGUUCCUUGCGACAUCAUGAAGCGCAUCCUUCCGCGAGCCUGGUCCACGGACCCCUUCUUCCGUCAGAUUGACGAGCUAGAAGGCAUUCCAGUCAUCAACAUCCACCUCUGGUUUGACAGGAAGCUCCUCAAUGUGAAUCACCUGUGCUUCAGCCGUAGCCCGCUCCUCUCGGUGUAUGCCGACAUGAGCACGUGCUGCAAGGAGUACGAGGAUCAGGACAAGUCGAUGCUUGAGCUGGUCUUUGCUCCUUGCUCUCCGAUUGCCGGCGGCAACACGAACUGGAUGGGAAAGAGCGAUCAGGCCAUUAUAGAUGCCACCAUGAAGGAGUUGGAGCGGCUCUUCCCCACGGAGAUUGGGCCGCACCUCCCAGAUGGAGGCGCCAAGCUGGUGAAGCACGCUGUGGUGAAGGUGCCGCGAAGCGUCUAUGCGGCCAUCCCGGGACGCAACAAGUUCCGCCCCUCCCAGGAGACACCCAUCAAGAACUUCACCCUGGCUGGCGACUGGACCAGCCAGAAGUUCCUGGGCAGUAUGGAGGGAGCAGUUCUGGGCGGCAAGCUUGCUGCAGAGGUUGUCGCUUGUAAAGCAGCAGGCGUGCCAACCAAGGGCCUGAAGGAGAUCGAUCCCUCCAUCUUGGCGAAGAAGGACCAGUUCGUGCCCCAGGACCCUAUGGGUGUGAAGGGCAAGACCCCCAUCGCCUUCGGAGGCGGUGAGGUGCUGGGAUCCAAUUUCGAGGAGAAGCUUCGAAAUCAAGAGGCAGUCUUUCUCGAGAAUGCUUGA